AUGAAGUAUUACUUUUAUUUUAUUUUGUUUAAGCCGAGUUUGAUAUGAGUGACAUCACCAAUCUGAAGUGCCGCGUCUGUACUGCUCUUGAUGGACAGUCGUUUUGUUCUGAUGAAUAUGCAUCUAAAGUAUUUCACCAAUGCAUGUCUAUCCCUGUGUCAUUGCGUGCAAUUCUUAACAAAGUUCUAGGACAGCUGAAAAAGACAAUUCCUGGGGUGAAUGGCUCACAUAUGUUACAUAAUAUGAACUUCUAUUCCAAACACAUGAGUAGCUUUAUGUCAGUACAUCAUUCACGAGUUCAAUCUAUUUCAAAUGACUAUCGAUUUUCUCUAAAUCAUUUGAACUAUCCACAUCGUUAUGUAGCAGAAAAAUACAAAAAUAACUUGCCAUACCUUGAUCCUGCAAAGGCACCGCAAGAGCUGCUGGAUGACAUACGGGCAGAUAAAGUGGCUCAGAACCCCCUGCUAGCAACUCUCCUUGAUCAAGAUACAGCAGCUGCAUCUGAUGUUCAUAAUAGUCCAAUGUUGUCAAAAUUGCUUGAUGAUCAUACAACAGCCACUGCUUGCAUGACAAAUCCAACGAAAGUCCGAAAAGGUAAAAAGCGGAGAGCUGUAUCAGAAAUAAUUGGACGCAGUCCUAAACAAAAGCAUAUGGAAGAUAACGAUAUGGUUGAAGAUGAUCAUCGGUCACUGAUCGAAAUUGAUUCAAGCAGCCCUAGUUUGUCCAGUGCACUAAGUAACAUCAGUAGUCCUCCUGAACAUACUUCAGGUUCUAUGGUUACUAUAGACUUAACUGAAAAUGGAUCCUUAAACAGGGAUAAUGGAGCCAAAAGAUUUUCCAAUAACAACUCAAGUAGCUGCUUAAAUAACCUUUCAGAUAAAUGUUACACAAAAUCACAAAAUAUGAAAGGAGAGAUGGUGUCAAUCAUGUUAGAAGAUAUUAAACCUGAUGUGAUAAUUAAGAAAGAAUCAGAAAAAAGUAACUGUUGUCAUAAUCUGAACAGUAUGACAAAAAAUGGUGUGUCUUCUCUGGAAGAUCUCUUUAGUGAUUCAGGCCAACCAAUCAACCCUGAUGAAUUUACUAAUAAAGCACAAAUGUCUUCAAAUGAUUUUUUAGAAAAUGGCACCCUGUCACGAACUAACUGUGAAUUGCAAACCUCUACAUAUAGUGGAGAAACAUUGGAUUUUGGGAAUGAUCUCUUAAACCCUGUUAGUGUAUAUCCUGUUAAUGAUGAUGAAGACAUUUGCCUUGAAAAAUGUGAUAAAAUAGCUUUUGGAACUGAAAUUAAUAAUUUUGUUCUGGGAAAAUCCAGUUUAUUGAGUAACUCUUCUAGCAGUAAUCUAGAAAAAAGUGGUUCUGGAAAUUCUCGGCCAAUUCCUAUUCUAGAGAAACUUGGUGAGGAUGUAAAAGGAGAAAGGGACAUUAUAAAACACAAGAAUUCCAUAGAAAGUGAAGCAAAAGUUUUGACUUUAAAAGAGGAAAGCAAAUUAGAUUGUUCUAACAAUGUAAUGAAAAUACGCUUAUGCACUCAUGAGCUGAAGAAAUCAGAAAAUUGGAAUUUGGUGCAAGACCUUCAAGUAUCAAAUUCAGCAAAAGGAAAAGAGAGUUUUGAACUUAGGUGCAAUGUAGAAUCCAAAGAUUUUCCAAAUGAUAGUUUUAAUCGAACUCUUAAGAAUAACUCACCUCUCCAUAAACAUAGUGUUAAUGUGCGGAACAAAGAAUAUCACAAUAGUGAUGCUAAAAGUGAUAAAUCAAAAAAGAAAGAGUCAAAGCACAAUAGUGCAAAUAAUGAUAUUUCUGGAAAAAGGCGGAAAGAAGAGAGUAAAAAGGAAAGGAAGAAGCGCAAACAAGAAAAGAAUGACGAUUACUCGGAGAUAGUACAGGGGGCUGUCUAUCGAUCUACACAAGUUGAAUCGUCUUCUGACUCGAAGCCAAUGCCGAAGUUAAAAAUCACUAAAAGCUUCUUAAAAUUAUCUGUUGACAAAAAAGCAUCAAAUUUGACUGAUUCUUCAAAACGUUCAUUAGUUUCAAUCAGUGAAAAAGUUUCUUCAAAGUAUGAUUCUUCUACUUCUGAAAAGUGCUCAAGAUAUGAGCAAAUGGAUAAAUUGACUGGCUCAUAUUCUACUAGUCAUUGUAGUAAUUCAAGCAACAACAAAGAGUCGGAGAAGUGUCCCAAGCCUCACCGUGCCCCUCGCUCCUUAGCUUCUUCAUCACACAGCUCACAGAAUAUAACUGUCAAUAAAGCAGAUUCUAAGCUUAUGACAAAAACACCUACAGUUAAAUUAAAACCUUUAGUAAUGCCAGUUACAUCAGGUUCAUCUGUAAAUGUGAGCUCAGUUCGGACACCUUCAGUGUAUUCUAAUGCUACUCCCUCAGGUAACAAAACAACUACAACCACUGUAGCUACCAGUACAAUAUUAUCAACAUCAGCUGUUUCUUCACUCUCUUCUACAUCUCCAAUUAGCCGUUCAUUAACAUCAAAAAUGACGGCCUCUUCAAUUGUCACCCAAAGUACUGUAAAUAAUACUUUGGCAAACAGCCCACACACAGAAAAUAGUAAUAGCAGUAAUGUGUCUAUAUGUGCAACUACAGCCAGUAGUAUUGGAAGUAUUUCAAGCAGUUGUAGUAAUUUCACAAACAAUAGUAAUAAUAACCUUAACCUCUCCAGUUGCUGUAGUGUAAGCAGCAAUAAUAGUGGGAAUAGUACUUCCAAAGAAAUAAGCAAUGCCAAAAACAUUUCUAUUACUACUACUAGUACGACUACUACUAGUAUUAUUACUAGUACUACUACUACUACUACUACUAUUACUACUACUACUACUUCUUCUCCUACCACUACUUCUACGAUUACAACUUCUAUUACUACAACAAAUGCUGCUGCACUUGGUACUGGCAGUACCAGCACCAGUAGUAGUGAUAAUAAUUGUAGCAGCAGCAGCACCAGCUGCAGCAACCCCACCAUUAAUAAUGUGAACACAAGUACUUGCCUCAACAAGACUAAAGCUGCUAUAAGGUCUCGUAAAGGUUCAUUAUCAGCUGUGAUUGAUAAACUCACCAAGACAAGCACAACUAAUGUUCAUGUUAGUAGUGCUAAUGAUGGAGAUAUUUCUGCCAGAUCAAACCCUAAAGAAGUUACGCCAACAGAUGGGGAUGAUGAUGAUGAUGAUGAUGAUGAUGACGAUGAUGAUGAUGAUGAUGAUGAUGAAUCAUUUUCUGAAAAAUUUGCAUCUAAGGCCAUCACUACAAUGACUUUAGUCAGUACAUCAUCAAAAGAACCACUCAAUAGUAAAAUAAUUAACAAGGAAGUUCCAGUGUUAACAGGGAGCCGACAUGAAUCAAUUGAAAAGAAAGAAUUACGUUGCACUUCAAAACGAGACUGCCAUUUAUCAGUGAAAAGUGAUCAUUCAAACAAAAGCACGGGCAGCAGUUGUAAUAGCAGUAGUAGUUCUGGUGGUGGUUACAGUAACAGCAGUAGUAGAACUAGUAGUAUUAAUAGUAAUAAUAGUUGUAGUAAUAGCAGUAGUAGUAGUAGUAAUAGUAGUAGUAGUAGUAGUAACAACAAUAAUAAUAAGCAGCAGCUGUCAAACAAAUCACAUAAAGAUUCUCGGUCAGCAACGUCUUCCACAUCUAAAACACUUUCAAGAGAAAAUGGAUGUUACUCUGAGGACAUACUUGAGUUAUCUAGUCCUAGCCAAAGUCAAUCUCCAUUUUUGAAUGAAACAAUGAAGCUUGUUCAAAAGAAAGAUGUGGAAGACCAAUGCCUUGAAUCACCUCAAAAAUCAAAUGAGAACAGUAAAGAAACCCCAAAUGUUCAUUCUAAAUUAUCAAGUGACUGGGAUUGCUCCCAAGAGUCAUCAAGAUCUUCAGAGAAUCUUGAAGUUGAAAACAAAGGUAGGUAUAUUUCAGAAAACAGCUCAAAACCUUGGAAUAGGUUAGAUUCGGUUGUAGAAGAGCCAGGGUGGUGUUCAAAUAAACAUUUAAAUACUGCUAAUGCAAAUAUAAAACAGUCUUCUUCUGACAAAACAUGUUUUGAUAAUUCCAAUAGCAGUGGAGAACGUGACAUUUUAGACAGAGUAUUGAAUAACUGCCGAGAUUUAGACAGCAGUAAUGCUCCCUUACGGACUGACUCAGGGACCAAAGUCCAUACUUCCAUCCGGAGAAUUAAGGGACAUUUACAAGAUGCUAAGUUUAAUGGUGAAAAUGAAUUUUCUAAAAUAUACGAAUCACACGUCCAUUCAGCAUUACGAAAAGAUGAGGAAAUUUCCUCAGGAGACUUUGAAAAACAAAAGGAUUUUACAGGCAGUCAAGAUGAAACAUUAGUGCAAAAAAAAACCCUUUCUUCACUAAACCCAGUUAGCCCUGGCAGUGAUGCCAGCAGUCCUGAAAAUGGACUUAUUAUUGACUAUGCAUCAUCGCCUAAGAAUUCCCAACUGCAGCAUCAAGUGGCUGUAGCUCAACAUCAAAAACACCCCACAAUACCAGCGAUGUCAUCAUCAAAGGUUGAUAUUUUCAAAUCUCACGAUAGUAAACAUAAAUUUUCUAGUAGGUCUCCUACACCAUCACCAAGACAGAAAAAUCCCCUUCCUCUUUCACCUUCAGGUGUGCGUGAAAUAAGUUUACAUUCAAACUCCACUUCAGUUUCCUCCAGUCCUAUUGAUAAUGAUCUUAUGGAUGAAGCAUUAAUGAUAACCUACUAGUAAUUCUAUAAAAUUUUUCUUUAUUAACAUAAAUAUAUGUUGGUGUGAUGUUUAAUAAAUAUCACACCUCCAUAUCUUCAUGUAUUUAUAACACAUAUACAGACACAUUAAUAUAUAUCAACUGUUUUUGUCUAAACACGUAUUCAAAUUUUAGUGUGUGUAUCACUGGAUGUCAAUGCAUUUAAAUAUGUCUAUUUCCAUAUGUUACUUGAUAGUUCUACAUAUGUUUAUUGAUAUGUAUGCAUUGAUCCUGACUUACUUGUCUGUGUGGUUGUGUCUGUCUGUGACUUAUUUGGCGAUUUUGUGGGAAGGGAGAAAACUGCUGCCACUUACAUUUUACUUGUAAAUUAUAACUUUUCUUAUCACUCCCCAAAUUUCUGUGGAGUUAACUGGGUUAAUUUCUGAGAAACUUCAAUCCAGCAUAUAUAGUUGAUGUUUAAAUAUCAAUAAAUAUGAUUAAAUUGUUGUUAACAGUAUUGACAAGAAUUUCCUAACUAAUUGAUUGGUGUUUAAGUGAUUGUCAGAAUACUAACAGCAUUUGAUUAGUUGUAUAUUUGAUUGAAUGUCAGUGUCAGCAGCACUCUCCCAAUUAGGCAGUUUGUGUUUAAAUGAUUAUAACAGUGUUAAGGAUGGUUUUCCAUUUUGCUGUUAAUAACACCCCUCCUCUUCACUCUUAUAUUUAAUUAGCUUUGUCAAAAAACUUACUUUAUAUUUCUCUCUUUUAUCAUUGUUACUGUUAUUUUUAAGCGCCCUCAAAAUGGUUGUUGAAAAAUAUGUAAACACUCAUGAGCUGUUAGUCUGUCUUAUUUCUUCAGUUUUAGAAAUGUUACAUACAUACUUUGCAUUUUGUUUCUUUGAAAACAAUCUUUAUUUAAAUUAUUCCUUUUCCUUCCAUUAUUAAUGGGGUUUUUUAAGUAAGUAGUUGCCUUUUUGCUAACCCUGAACAAUCUGGGUUAACUGUACAAAUAUUAUACUUAGGAAUUUAAUUUCACUUAAUACAUUCAAAUUCUGAUUGUUUCCCAGCCAACAGGGAGCUUUCAUGUGAUUGCUCAACUUGUUAGAAAUAUCAGACAAAUUGCAUCCUACUAUGGAAAGAUAAUAUAACAUUUACAUAUCUCUAAAAUGACUUGGAUGGUCAUUUUUUUUUCUAUAUCGGGCUUUUCAUUAAUGUUGCCAGUGUUGGUCUCUUUAAUUGUAACUUGAAAACACAGUAAAUAAUACUUCUGGUAAAACAGCCUGCAUACAAGAAAUAGUAGUGUCAGUCAUAUGUUUUUGAACUGCUAGAUCAAAGCUGAUUUAACUUUAAAAAGAAAAAAAACUCCUGAUACUCAACAGAUAACAUUGUGUAUGAUUUCUAUAUCUUCUCAUGGCUAGUUAUUUUAGAUGAUCCCUAUUUUGAAAAAGUGUGAAGUUCUUUAGUUCAUUUAGUGAUCAGAUUGAUAGUCAGGCUGUAAUGCUGUGUAUACAUCUUUACUGAUUCACCCCAUUGUGAUAUUAGCAUUGUUUUUAAAUUAAUUGCUAGCUCAAGAAAUGUGAAAAGGAUUUUACUCAUUAAAACAUUAUAAAUCAAAUGUUUUUAUUUGUAAAAUGUUAUACCAGAGCUGUUCCUUUUCAGCUAUUAAAAUUAGGAAUUUUAUAAUUUGAACUUAAUCUGUAGAUUAUUGCAAUUUUUUUCAAUGAAUUAUUAUCAUGAAAAUAUUCUUUGUAAAAUCUUUCCAAAAUGGUAGUUUUAUAUGAGUGUACUUAAGUGCACACAUACAUUCUGAUGCAUAAAUUUAUUAUUUAUUCUUAUUAAUCUUUCUUAUAACUUAUUAUUAUUAUUAUUAUUAUUAUUAUUAUUAUUGUAAUGAAAAUAUUAGAAUCUAUUCUUUUUUACUUCUGUAAACUUUCUGAGAUAGACUACAGCUAAUCAGUUGGAUAUUUUUAUUUUUCUGUAAUUUGUUCCUCACCCUGUGAAUGCCAUAUUUACUUCUGUUGCAUCAUUUACACUCUAACUGCAUCCUUACAGAAUUAUAAAUGAAUUUCUUUUCUAUAUUGCUGGUGAUAAUGUACAUUUGUAUGUCUAUACUGAAACAUCGGUAUGAAAUUUAAAGAUUUAUCAAAGCUAAGAAAUAUUAAUAUUGACAUGGAAAAGCAUGCAAUUUUUUCUAAAUAUAAAAUGAAAAAGACAAAUUUUGAAAAGAAUAUGUUUGUGAUAUAACAUUUACAGUGAAGAAUUUGGCAGAACUAAAUCUGACCACAUUUCUUCUAUCUUAAAAUGUCGUGAUAUAAUGAAUGAAAGGAAAAAAAUAUAAAUAUUAAGUUGUUUUUUUUUUUUUUCUUCCUUUUGGUGGUGGGAUAUGUGUGUAUAUGUAUGUGUGUGUGCUUGUGUGUGUGUUUUUAUAGAUUUGAGUAUUAUUACAGAGAUUCUAUUGGCAAACUUAUUGAUAUUACCAGGUUGUGGGUGGUUAGAAUAGCCAUUUUUGUUAUUUUUUGCAUUAUUCUCUUGUUCUUAUUUUUGUUCAGUAAUUUUAACCAAUCUUGGCUAACUAAUUUUUUAACUUAACGAUCAUGUUCAAAAUAUAUUUCAUCUCUUGCAAUCAAUUAAUGACAGCUACUGUAACUUUGAACAUUUACAAAAUAACUAUUUAAAGUUAGAUUUUAUAAUCAUUACAACUGAGUUAAAUUUAGUAAUUUCUCUCUCUAUCUCUCUCUUCUCUUUCUUCCUCCCCCCCCCCCAAGCUUGGCUAUGAAGUUAUAGUUAAAAGAAAUUUUUGAACUUUUUUAAAUGCAAUGUUUUUAUUUUUAAUCCUGUGAUGCCAACAGCAGAGUAUGGUACUGUUGUGAAAAUUUAUAUAUUUUUCUUUCUGUCUGAUAAAAUCCUUUUAAACACAUUCUCAAUCAAUGGAAAUGGUUAAGUAUUGAGUACUUUCUCAAUCUUUUCCCUUCCAUUCUCCUCCUCUGGGAACAGAAUUUCACAAGUUGUUGCAGAUUUUGAGACAAUUUAAAUUAACUUUGGAUUAUUAUUUAUUGUUUAAACAAUAAAAUAAUUAGGUUAAAAUAUGAUUUCAUU